AUGUUUAAGAAAUUCCCGAGGCUCAGAACACUUUUCUUAGCUAUCUCGGUGAUUGCUAUACUAAGGAAUGUAAGAAGAUUGAGAAGAUCAUCAUUGAUUCCUGGGAGAUACCUAUUACUCAUUGCACAUCCCGACGAUGAGUCCAUGUUCUUUUCGCCAUCCCUGUUAAACCUAAAAGGAAGAAUUGACAUUUUCUGUUUGUCGAACGGAGAUAUAGAAGGAAAGGGAAAGGAAAGAGAAGAAGAGCUCAGAAGAGUGGGAACAUAUGUUAGGGCAAAUGUGAUCAUAACAGACUCCUUUUCUGACGGGAAAGAUUGGGACCCGAAAGAAGUUUGCGCAAAACUUCUGUUGGUUUAUAUGUUAAAGCCAUUUGAUGUUUUGAUGACCUUUGAUGGGAAGGGUGUGUCUGGGCACAAAAACCACAUCUCCUGCUACAAGGGAGCAAGGCUGUUUCUAAAAAUACAUAGUGGUACAAAGGGAGCAUUGCUGAAAUCUAAGGGAUUGUUUCGCAAGUACGUGUUCGACAUGGGGUUUUCCAGAGUUUCAAGCACAGUAUCCUUUGGAAUGUAUGCCGUGCCUAUCAAAAUGAUGCUUUUCCAUAAGUCUCAAAUGGUAUGGUUCAGAUAUCUUUACAUAUUUUUCUCCAACUUCAUGUCAUAUAACGAUUUCACCAUUAUAAACUAA